CGUGGGCCCACGUGUCAUUGACCAUGUCCCUCCGACGGUGGGAUGGGAGUCGCCCUCGCCUCGCCUCCGUGUCCGCCAUUGCCACCGGAGGCGAUCCUGUGGAGGAGAGGGAGUAGAUUCAUUCAGCCAGACAGCGAGCGAGAGAGCUAGCGGCUAGGAGGCGGCGGCUAGAUUCGCGCGCGGUUCCGCCAUCCUCUGCGUGCGUGCGUGCGUGCUCUCCUCUUCUUCCUCUCCAUCGUCCGCGAAUUCAUCUUCACCUUCUCGCGCGGAUGUUGGCGAAAUCACCAGCAUUGCCCUUCCUAACUGCUGCUGCGAUCGGCCUCUCGACAACUUGUGAUAUCUUGAGUUCACCAAAUGUUGGAUUUUCUAAGAAAUAUGGUGGAAGAUUAACUAUCCAGGCAAACGUUGAAUCUGGAAGAACUCAAAAUAGUAGGACUCACAGAAAAUGGAGGACGUUCUCUGCUAAUCAAGCUCAAGCUACUGUUGUCGAUGCUGGUGACAGUAAAACAUGGGAAGAAGCAAAACAGAUACUCACGUCAUUGGAUUUCUCCAUUGAAGACGCUGACAAAAUGCUGAAGAAGGCAUUUGGAUGGAUUCAUUCACCAUACUGGAGUGAAGAGAGAAAGAAGGAGAUUCCAAAUGCUGAGGUGGUUAGUGGAGUACUAAACUACGUUAGGAGUCUUGGACUCUCCGAUGAUGAUCUUUGCAAAUUACUGAAGAAAUUCCCAGAAGUACUUGGAUGUGAUCUUGACAGCGAGGUGAAACUGAAUGUUAGUAAGCUGGACAGUGACUGGGGAAUAAAUGGAAAAACUCUCCGGAGUCUUCUUUUAAGGAACCCAAAAGUUUUGGGAUACAAUGUGGACUGCCGAGGUGACUGCAUGGCCCAGUGCACCCGUUGCUGGGUUAGGUUCUAGUUCUGCUCUUCGUUAAUGUGCAGAAAUUACAAAUGAAUUAUAGGUUCCCAGCUACUUAUCUGUAUCUAUAUCAAUUUCUCGAAACCUCUUAACAUAAACGAAACACAUUUGUAGUAGAUGGAUUAGCGUGUUAGGUUUGUUUACAUCUUGAACUGCACCUUUUCCAUACUCUCUGUAAAAGGGGUGCAAAAACCAAUACAUUCAAUACCUGAAUUUUCUGUGAAUGCUUCAACAUUUGGUUGUUC